AUGCACUUCGAUCUCGGCUACACCUCGCCCAUCAAUCCCGCCGGAGCAGAGCCUAAGCUCUCCGUCUCUCAAGUCUGGAAGGGGCUUGUCCAGAAAUGCAGAGCGCCCCAGGCAUUCGUGCCGGCCAUCAGCGAAUGCGAGAUUCUCUCAGAGGAUGACAACGGCCUCAAGCGGAUGGUCACUUUUCAAGCUGGCUUCGGGCCUCCAGCUGGCAAAGUCGAGGAGCACAUCACCUUUCAGCAUGAGCUGCGGGCUGACUUCUUGAUGGUCGGCAAAGGCAGUCAGAUCAGCAACAUCAUCACGCCUGGCAGCGGCGAGAGCGAUCUGUACCUCACCUACACCUUUUCGUUCAACGAGCCCACGAUCGAGCCCGGCACACCGGAGGCAGAAGCAAAGCUCAAGCAAUACACUGAGCAAGCCAAAGGCGUCGUACCCCGCAGUGUUGAUGAGAUCCGCGACAUGGUCAAGCAAGGCAAGAUAUAG